UCCAAAGAAAGGGACCAGUUAGGUUUUUUGAAAGUUUAAACUACGCGUAUACGGUGAUGUCAAAUUCUUAUGCUAUCUUACAGCGAUAUCUCGAAAUAAGGCUCUUCAGCGUUUGAGGUAUUAGCUGGUUCCACCAACCACCAUGCACCAUUUUAAUUCGUUUUUUCCCCCUUACUGUUUUACAGUUAUUGAGCUCAUUGUUUGCAGCAUUUUAUUCUGUAGUUCACUUUGUUUACUUAAUUUGUUUUCUCCUUUUGUAUUUUUGUUGUAUUGACUCUUUCAUUCAAGCUUAAGCACAAAAAAAAAAAGAAUUUGAAAACCCUAUUUUAUUCCAAAGGGCUUUAGCCAGAAUAUGCUUUCAUAUCAGUGGAAAAGCUUAAUUUGAUAGUUGAAGUGUUAAAUGUAGUUCUUCUAGUAUGUUAUUGUGUUGGCUGAGAAGAAUGAGAGCAUACCAAAUAGAAAAGCUUUAGGCACCGUUCUAAUUGCAUAAUGAAUGCUAUGUAAUAUCUUUAUCCUUUUGUGUGUGUGAAAUCUGAGGAAAAUAUUGUAUCACUGUGUACUGAAGAAAAUGCUUUAGUACCUUAGUCUACAACGAUUGUUAUAGUAGUACUGUUCUGUAUUUGAUGCUCUUUGCAUAUUGGAUGUAACAAUGAUUUUUUGGAAUGCCUAUGAAUAUCACCUUUUGAAAGCUUUAUAAUAUUGGGGUUGUGCUUCUAUAUAAAUUUUGUUUUUAGAAAGAGGAACUCAUUUUGAAGAUGUUGAAUGGGAACUGUUGUACCAGAUUAGCUGUUGGAUGGUAACUGUUGUACCAGAUUAGCUGUUUUUGUUCUUGCAUGUUUUUUAGUUAUCAUGCUAUGCUGAUGGGUCCUAUUCAUGCCAUGUUGAUUAUUUUUCUGAACUUACAUGUUGAUUUAAAACCACCUACAGCUAUUGGGUUCUGUUUCUUGUCAAGCAGAGUAAGUAGAACUGUUUUUGUUGGAUUGUUUAUAAUUAAACUUAAAUCUUGGAUUGUUUUCUAAUAUACUUUGCUGCCCUAGUCAGUCAAUCUUGGAUUGAUUUUCUGUUACAUCUUGGUCUUUUCUUUUGUUAAAUGACCACAAGGCCAUUCUCAUAUUGUCUGUAUGAUUAUUACUAUUUUUUUUUUUAUUUUUACUUUGAAUAUUCAACAGAUUUCAGAUCAUUUGGCCCUUUUCAGCUUUUCUUUUUUCAGAAUAAAAUGACGAAAUUUUGUCACUGUUGAUGGGACUCCUUAGGUUGUUGUUUAGUGUUUUGGCUUUUGGGGGACCGCAUUAGCUUGUGUUUCAUAUCAAUUUUCUUGCCCAAGGGUAGCUUAGCAUGGAUGUGUGGAAAUUUCCAACUGUAUGUCAAUUAAAUGUAUUGGUUGUUUUCCUCAGCUUAAUGUUUUUUUUAUAUAAUUCUAACAUUCUAGUGAAUGAUAAUGAAGAACACUACUAUAGGAAUUGGGAUGUCUAAGAAGUUCUUUGUUAAAUUGGAAUUCCAUUUAUAUGCAUCUUUCCUUUGUGAUAAAAUUGUAACUGCUUCCUUAAUCCUUUUGUUAUCUGGUUUUAUCCCGAUGUUGUCCAUGGGUGGUAUUAUCAAUUCACACAUUUCUAUAUUGAUGGUUCAGUUUAUUACCCACAAUCCAGUUCUUUUACUCAUUGGAUGGUAACAUAAGAAAUCCCAUCUAAUAUUUCCGGCCUUGUUUCAUGUCUAGUAUUGCAUGCUAUGUUAGCCAUUGUGAUUGUCAUCAUUGUGGUAAAAAGUUACCAAGCUGGACAGGAUGUCCCCAUAUAUGCAGUUUGGCUUUCCAUUUUUAUAUCAUCUUUGUAUGUUCUUAAUAGUAAGUAUAUUUUAUUACAAGAUUUAAUUUUAAUUAGGCUUACAAGGCUCUGUGGGCUUUUUGUCUGACCCAUAUGGGCUAUGGCUGGACUCGGUUGGUCUUGACAGUUUUAUCUUAACUGGAACUUUCAUUCACCUUUUGCCAUUGAAGUACUCUGCCUGCUAGGUGUGAUGUACUACUACUUGUUUUCCUUUCAUACCUGCUGUGUCUCUUCCUGUUAAACCUCAAGUUGCUUCUGCAAACUAUAUGCUGCUAAAGCCACAAAAAGUGAAGCUGAUUGCAUAAAUAGAAUAUGAUUGAGAGCUAAUAACUAAUUCAGAUGAUCUUGUAAAGGUUACAAUCAGUCAUUUUACAUGAAGAGGAGGGAUCUUUUAGUCAAGCUAUUAGAAACUUGCUGCAGUAAGAUAUCAAUCCCACAGUUGCACUCACAGUGUUUGAAAGUGGGCCUUGCCCAUGAUAGUUUCGUUGUUACCAAGCUUAAUGUUCUUUAUGCUAGAUAUGCAUCACUUUGCCAUGCACAUAAGCUUUUUGAAGAAACACCUUGCAAAACUGUCUAUCUAUGGAAUGCUUUACUUAGGAGCUAUUUUUUGGAAGGAAAAUGGGUAGAGACCUUAUCUCUAUUCCAUCAAAUGAAUGCCGAUGCAAUAACUGAGGAAAGACCUGACAAUUACACAGUGUCUAUUGCUUUGAAAUCAUGUUCUGGUUUGCAGAAGCUUGAGCUGGGGAAAAUGAUUCAUGGAUUUCUCAAGAAGAAGAAGAUAGAUAAUGACAUGUUUGUAGGGUCUGCAUUGAUUGAGUUGUAUUCGAAGUGUGGACAAAUGAAUGAUGCUGUGAAAGUGUUUACAGAGUAUCCAAAACAAGACGUGGUUUUAUGGACUUCAAUAAUUACUGGGUAUGAGCAGAAUGGAAGUCCUGAACUUGCACUUGCAUUUUUCUCCCGAAUGGUUGUGUUGGAGCAAGUAAGUCCUGAUCCAGUAACACUUGUUAGUGCUGCUUCUGCUUGUGCCCAGUUAUCUGAUUUUAACCUUGGAAGAAGUGUACAUGGAUUUGUAAAACGAAGGGGUUUUGAUACUAAGUUAUGUUUGGCCAAUUCUAUUCUAAAUUUAUAUGGAAAAACUGGUUCCAUCAGGAGUGCAGCUAAUUUGUUCAGGGAAAUGCCAUAUAAAGAUAUUAUAUCUUGGAGCUCAAUGGUUGCCUGUUAUGCGGAUAAUGGAGCUGAAACUAAUGCGUUAAAUCUUUUCAAUGAAAUGAUAGAUAAGAGAAUUGAACUCAACAGGGUUACUGUCAUUAGUGCAUUGCGAGCUUGUGCUUCCAGUUCAAAUUUGGAAGAAGGUAAGCAUAUUCAUAAAUUAGCAGUCAAUUAUGGUUUUGAGUUGGAUAUUACUGUCUCUACAGCUCUUAUGGACAUGUACAUGAAGUGCUUCUCACCUAAAAAUGCAAUUGACCUUUUCAACAGAAUGCCCAAGAAGGAUGUAGUUUCUUGGGCUGUUUUGUUUAGUGGCUAUGCUGAAAUUGGAAUGGCACACAAGUCCCUGGGGGUUUUCUGCAACAUGUUAUCUUAUGGAACUCGACCUGAUGCUAUUGCUCUAGUGAAGAUUCUUGCUGCUAGUUCAGAAUUGGGGAUUGUUCAACAAGCUUUAUGUCUUCAUGCUUUUGUAUCUAAAAGUGGAUUUGACAAUAAUGAAUUUAUUGGAGCGUCACUCAUAGAGUUGUAUGCAAAAUGUAGUAGCAUAGAUAAUGCUAACAAGGUUUUCAAAGGAAUGAGACGUAAAGAUGUUGUUACCUGGAGCUCAAUAAUUGCAGCUUACGGAUUCCAUGGGCAAGGAGAAGAGGCUUUGAAAUUAUUUUAUCAGAUGUCUAAUCAUUCAGAUGUUAAGCCUAACGAUGUAACCUUUGUCUCAAUUCUAUCUGCCUGUAGUCAUGCAGGUUUGAUUGAAGAAGGGAUAAAGAUGUUUCAUGUCAUGGUGAAUGAAUACCAAUUGAUGCCCAAUACAGAGCAUUACGGGAUAAUGGUUGAUCUUCUUGGUCGAAUGGGAGAGUUGGAUAAGGCCUUGGACAUGAUUAAUGAGAUGCCCAUGCAAGCUGGGCCUCAUGUAUGGGGAGCCUUACUUGGUGCUUGUCGUAUACAUCAAAAUAUUAAGAUAGGGGAGCUUGCAGCUCUGAAUCUUUUCCUGUUAGACCCUAAUCACGCAGGGUAUUAUACACUUUUAUCAAAUAUAUAUUGUGUGGACAAGAAUUGGCAUGAUGCUGCUAAACUCAGGACAUUGAUAAAGGAGAAUAGGUUUAAGAAGAUUGUUGGUCAAAGCAUGGUUGAGAUAAAGAACGAGGUUCACAGUUUCAUAGCUAGUGAUAGAUUUCAUGGUGAAUCUGAUCAGAUUUAUGGAAUGCUGAGAAAAUUAGAUGCAAGAAUGAAAGAAGAAGGUUAUGAUCCUCCUGUACAGACACAAGAAAUAUAGUUCUAAUCUUGACUGUGUGGAACGUUAAAUCUGAUGGAAGACAAUUAUCAACCUCUGGUGCAAAAGUCAAGGAAUUAUUUUAAUUAAUUACACGGAAAACAUUUUCUUCUUC